AUGGAGACGAAACAGUCAAUGGAUUGUAUCCUGAAGAAUCCAAAUGCUAAAUCCAAUAAACCGGUCAUUCCAAGACUGAUUACUGUCAAUCCACUGAACAUUAUAAUCGAGUCAAAAUCCGGACAAAUUGAUAAAACUCUCGAGUUGAAAAACAUCUAUCCAUGUCGUGUGGCUUUUCGCAUUCAAACAAAUGGACCAACCCGAUAUACUGUCUGUCCGAAUAAAGGAUUUCUGAGUAUUGGUGAAAAAUCAAUGAUACAAAUAACAAUGAUUGAUGGAAACAAGUACCAAUCAAAUCAUCAAUUCAUCGUUCAAGCAAUGCCUGCUCCUGGAGAUUUCGCUGAUCGAAAACUCAUUUGGAAGCAGCCGAAUUAUCUUGGAAUUCUGACGAAUACCAGAGUCAAAACCAUGAGACCUGGACAACCUCUGUCAAAGCCUCGUUCGAAAAGCCCAAGUGGAUUAACAACUCCGAUUGAUAAUAGUGGAAUGAACUCCCCAGCUGUUAUGGAUUCGAAUGAGUCACUAGUUACUCCAAGUGCUCCUAGCUGGACUGCGCCGGUCUCAUCCAUUGAUCAUGGAAAAUAUGCUGAUAAAAUCAAUGACUUGGCAUCUCAAGUGAAGAAAGCUAUUGCUGAAAAGAAUACUCGUGCGAGUGAAAUGGUUUCUGUUGUCAAUCAGAUUAAAUCCAUUGAGGUUGAAUUGGACAGACAGGCGCAAUUAGUCAAUGAAAUGAGUGAAAGAGUCAAGAAAGGAGAGUUGCAAUACUCGAAUCUUGUAUUGCAUGAGAGAACAAUCAGAUCCGAUUUGGAGCGUAUGAAGAAUAAUGAUAUGGAUCCAUCCGGGCCGUAG